AUGACUGUCACCUACACGUCACGCGUGGCCACCGCGCGCCUGGCCGGGUUCUCGCGGCUGCUGCUGCUGUGGCGCGGGAGCAUUUACAAACUGCUGUACCGGGAGCUGCUGCUCUUCCUGGGAGCGUACCUGGGGCUCAGCCUGGCCUACAGGUUCCUGCUGUCCGAGGCGCAGCGCCGCCUCUUCGAGAAGCUGGCGCUGUACUGCGACAAAUCGGCCAACCUGAUCCCCGUGUCCUUCGUGCUCGGGUUCUACGUGGCGCUGGUGCUGGAGCGCUGGUGGGCCCAGUUCCGGGCGGUGCCGGCGCCGGACGCGCUGAUGCUGGCCGGCGGCAGUGUCCACGGCGCGGACGCGCGCGGGCGGCUGCUGCGGCGGACGCUGCUGCGCUACGGGAGCCUGGCGGCGCUGCUGGUGCUGCGCGCCGUCAGCACGCCCGUGUACAAGCGCUUCCCCACCACGGACCACCUGGUGCAGGCCGGGUUCCUGACGCGCGAGGAGCGCCGGCGCCUGGAGGGGCUGCGCUCGCCCUACAACAAGUUCUGGGUGCCGUGCGCGUGGUUCGGGGCGCUGGUGGGGCAGGCGCGGCGCGAGGGGCGAGUGCGCGACGACUGCGCGCUCAAACUGCUGAUGGAGGAGCUGAACCGGUUCCGGGCCCACUGCAGCCUCCUGUUCCACUACGACUGGAUCAGCGUCCCGCUGGUGUACACACAGGUGGUCACCAUCGCCGUGUACACCUUCUUCCUCACCUGCCUGAUCGGGCGGCAGUUCCUGGACCCGGCCCAGGGCUACGCCGGGCACGAGCUGGACCUGGGCGUGCCCGUGUUCACCCUGCUGCAGUUCUUCUUCUACGUGGGCUGGCUCAAGGUGGCCGAGCAGCUCAUUAACCCCUUCGGGGAGGACGACGACGACUUCGAGACCAACACACUCAUCGACCGCAACUUCCAGGUGUCCAUGCUGGCGGUGGAUGAGCUCUACGGGGAGGUGCCGGCGCUGGAGCGCGAUCGCUACUGGGACGCCGCCAGCCCCCGGGCGCCCUACACGGCCGCGGCCGCGCCGCGCCCCACCUUCCGCGGCUCCGCCUUCGACGUCACCCUGGCCAAGGAGGAGAUGCAGUUCCAGCCGCUGGAGGACAUCGGGGACCCCCCCGGGGACCCCCUGGACCCCUCCCCGCCGCCGCCCCCGCUCCCCGCCGCCCGUCGCUGUCCCCGAGGGCGGCGGCCCCGAGACCCCCCCGGGGGGCGACAGGGACCCCCAGGAGCGGUGGCUGCUGCACCCCGAGAACGCCGUCUGAGAGCACCCCGAGACCCCCAAUAA